AAAUAGCACAAAGGCAGAUACUGCAAGAGAAAGCACUCUGCACCUGGCUCACUUAGCUCUGAGCCUGCAAUUACCCUUGGAAGAAGUGUGCACAGAUACCUUGUCUGCAUUUGUACAGCAAGAAAAGUUCACCUGGCCCUCCAGAAACUAUAUCAGCUACAAUCUUACAUUCAGGCUAUGAGAGCUGGAGCUUUUGCAAUAUCCCUAGGGCUCCUACUGGCCUUGGGCAGUGGCCAGAGGGAGCCAGAUGCCAGGGACCUAUCUGCAGAUGAGACCCUGGGGGAAGAAGAUACUGAUCUGUCACCUUCUGGGUCCUGCCAAUCAGUCUCCUCCUGUAGGGAAUGCAUCCUUUCCCACCACAGUUGUGCCUGGUGCAAGCAACUGAACUUCACCGCCGUGGGGGAGGCGGAGGGGAGGCGGUGCGCCCGGCGAGAGGAGCUGCUGGCCCGGGGCUGCCCCUCCGAGGAGUUGGAGGAACCCCGAGGACAGCAGGAGGUACUACAAGAUGAGCCCCUCAGCCAGGGAGCACAGGGCGACGGCGCCACGCAGCUGGCCCCGCAGAAGCUUCGGGUUAAGCUGCGGCCGGGCGAGACACAACGGCUCCGGGUCCGCUUCCGUCGAGUCGAGGGCUAUCCGGUGGACCUGUACUACCUCAUGGACCUGAGCUACUCCAUGAAAGACGACCUGGAGCGAGUGCGCCAGCUGGGACACGCGCUCCUGGUCCAGCUCAGGGGUGUCACCCGCUCGGUGCGUAUUGGCUUUGGUUCCUUUGUGGACAAGACGGUGUUGCCCUUUGUGAACACGUUGCCCUCCAAGCUUCAACAUCCAUGUCCCACGCGGCUAGAAAAAUGCCAGCCACCCUUUAGUUUUAGACACGUGCUGCCCCUCACUGAUAAUGCCUCAGCCUUUGAGCAUAAGGUUGAGCAACAGAGUGUGUCGGGCAACCUAGACUCACCUGAAGGGGGUUUUGAUGCCAUCUUGCAAGCUGCCCUCUGCCAGGAGCAGAUUGGCUGGAGAAAUGUGUCCCGGCUGCUGGUGUUUACAUCAGAUGACACAUUCCACACGGCAGGGGAUGGAAAGUUGGGUGGCAUCUUCAUGCCCAGUGAUGGACACUGCCACCUGGAUGCUAAUGGUUUCUAUAGCCGAAGCCGAGAUUUUGACUACCCUUCUGUGGGUCAAGUAGCCCAUGUUCUAUCUGCUGCCAACAUCCAGCCCAUCUUUGCUGUCACUAGUACCGCAUUGCCCGUCUACCAGGAGCUGAGUAAGCUGAUCCCCAAGUCAGCCGUCGGGGAGCUGAGUGAGGACUCCAGUAAUGUUGUGCAGCUCAUCAUGGAUGCAUAUAAUAGCCUGUCUUCCACUGUGACUCUGGAGCACUCGCCACCUCCUGCUGGGAUCCACAUUUCCUAUGAGUCCCACUGUGGUGAUUCUGAGAUCAGGGAAGACCCAGGAGACAAAGGCCAGUGCAGCCACGUCCGAAUUAACCAGACGGUGAAUUUCUGGGUAAAGAUCCGUGCUACCAGCUGCCUACCUGGGCCCCAUCUCCUGAAACUCCGGGCUCUUGGAUUUUCUGAGGAGCUGAGCAUGGAGCUGCAUACCUUGUGUGACUGUAACUGCAGUGACGUACAGUUACGAGCCCCCCACUGCAGCCACGGCCAAGGUGACCUCCAGUGUGGAGUCUGCAGCUGUGCUCCUGGUCGCGUUGGCCGACUCUGUGAAUGUUCAGAGGUAGAGCUGUCAUCGCCAGAUUUGGAAUCUGGAUGCCGGGCGCCCAAUGGCACGGGGCCCCUUUGCAGCGGGAAGGGUCAGUGCCAAUGUGGACGGUGCAGCUGCAGCGGGCAGAGCUCAGGGGAUCUCUGCGAGUGUGAUAACGCCAGCUGUAAGAGGCAUGAAGGCAUCCUCUGUGCAGGCUUUGGCCAAUGUCAUUGUGGAGUCUGUCAUUGUGAUGCCAACCACACAGGCCAAGCUUGUGAAUGCAGCAAGGACACGAGCAAGUGUAUCACCCCGGAUGGGUUCUGUAACGGACAUGGCUUUUGCCGCUGUAACCAGUGCCAGUGCCUGGAGGGUUACUAUGGUGCCCUGUGUGAUCAGUGCCCGGGCUGCAAGACACCAUGUGAGAAGCACAGGGAUUGUGCUGAAUGUGGUGCCUUCAAGACAGGGCCACUGGCCAGCAACUGUAGUCUGGCCUGUGCCCAUGCCAAUGUAACAGUGAGUCUGAUGCCUCCGCUGGAUGAUGGUUGGUGCAAAGAGAGAACUGUAGACAAUCAGCUGCUUUUCUUUCUGGUGGAGAAUGAAGCUGAGGGCAGGGUUGUGCUGAGAGUGAGACCUCGAGAGAGAGGAUCAGAUCGCACCCAGGCCAUUGUGCUGGGUUGUACAGGGGGUAUUGUGGUAGUAGGGCUGGUGCUCAUCCUGGCCUAUCGACUCACCGUCGAAAUCUAUGACCGGAGAGAGUACAGUCGCUUUGAAAAGGAAAGGAAGCAACUCAACUGGAACCUGGAUGACAACCCCCUCUAUAGGAGUGCCGUUACCACCACCAUCAAUCCUCGAUUCCGGGAGAAUGAUGAAAGCCCACAGUAAGCAGCUACUCACAGGCUGGAUUCUGCCCUUUCACACAAUAGCAAAAGGGCCCUUCUCUGAAAGGCUGAGGGAUACCCUAGUCAAAGAACCCCCUAACACCACAUCCAUUUGGCAAUUUCCCACCCAACAAAUUAUUGCU